CUACUCGGAAAAAUGAUUGAUUUUUUUUUAUUAAUUAGCCUACGAGUUUGUAGAUAUCCGUCUUUUUUUCAUGCAAUGGUUGUUGUUUCAAAACUUUCGACAGUUUAGGUUAAGUUAGUUUUCUAGAACAAGAUUGUCAUAUAAUUGGGUCCUGACAAUGUUAUAAUUCGAAACAAUGUGUGAAGUUAAAACUUUUGUGAAAGAUUUUCACGAUGAGGAUUCUGUGAGGGACAUGAAAUAUAAUUCACUGGGGAACACUGGUAUUCAAGUUUCAGAUAUAAGUUUUGGUGCGUCUCCUUUGGCGGGAGUUUUUAUGCCUACAGAGGAAGUGGAAUCCAUCAAAACAGUACGAGAGGCCUUGAAACAUGGAAUCAAUUAUAUUGACACAGCACCUUGGUAUGGUCAGGGCAAGUCUGAAUCAGUGCUGGGAAAGGCACUACAAGAUAUACCUCGAGAAUCCUAUUACCUAGCAACGAAAGUCGGUCGCUAUGAGUUACAGUGGGAUAAAAUGUUUGAUUUUAGUGCUGAAAAAACUAGGAAGAGUUUCGAUGAUAGUUUACAACGACUUGGUUUAGAUUAUAUUGAUGUCAUACAGGUCCAUGAUAUGGAAUUUGCGCCUGAUUUAGAUAUUAUUAUUAAUGAAACCUUGCCAGUGUUAGAUGAAAUCAGGAAAAGUGGUAAAGCCAAGUUUAUUGGAAUAACAGGCUAUCCUCUUGGAAAUUUUAAGAAGGUUUUAGAGAGAAGUUCAGUCAAGAUAGAUAUAGUAUUAAGUUAUUGUCAUGGAGCAAUGUAUGAUGAUUCUAUCACUGAGAUUAUACCUUAUUUAAAGAGCAAGGGUGUUGGAAUAAUAAACGCUGCUCCAAUUGGAAUGGGAUUAUUGUCCAAUCAAGGACCACCUAAAUGGCACCCAGGCAAACCAGAAACCAAAGAGGCGUGUCAACAAGCAGCCCAAUAUUGUCAGGUAGAUAAUGAGGUAGAUAUAUGUAGACUAGCUAUGAAACAUAGUUUAAACUUACAAGGUGUUGAUACCACUAUAGUGGGCAUGGAAAGAUGUGAAGUAGUAGAGAAGAAUUUUAUAAUCAGAAAAACAGAUUUAACAGAACAUGAGAGACAGAUUUAUAAUGAUGUUAUCAAUAAAUUUAUGAAGCCUCUGAAUAAUUUAAACUGGGAAGGAAUUGAAGUUGAACAUUAUAAUAAAAAAAUAGCUGCACUUCAAAAUCAGUAAUGAUUGACCAAUGACAAGCUGGUAUCCUUAUUUGUUAUCUUUUAAAUGAUUGACCAAGGACCAGCUAGUAGACAGAAUUCCUUCUCGAUCAAUUAGAUUCCUUCAAACAAAAUAUUGCGGGAAAAUAUUUGAAUAUCCAGAUGCACACUUUUUAGUACAAAAUACUUUUUCCUGAUAAUUGAGUCUUAAAGUUCACGGUUGAGUUCUUUUCAUAAAAUGCCCAUUGCCAAACAGCUAUUAUAUAGUUUUCAGAAAAUGAAAGGGAAGAAUUUCUUCUAUAAUCUUUAAACCUCAUCAGAAUAUUCAUAUUUAUUUGAAAUGCUAAGGAGUGUUAUUAGUAAUGACAAGAAUAUGGG